GGAGGGGCUUCCUCCUAUUUUUUUAAAAGGUGGAAAUUGGCUUGGAACGUGUCACUUCCCAGUCCCCGUUUUCUAUGACCGUCCCCACGCCAUGUCUUGCAUCCGCAGUGGUCAGGAUCCCAUUGUCAUGGUCAUAGACUUUCACCAUGCAAGGGGUCCCGAAAUAGAGUUAUGCGUUGGAGACGAUGGAAGCGAUCCUGCAGCGGAGAAUGACUGGUCAUUGUUACCAUUUAUGGCCUUAUCUGAUGGAGCGCAUAUGUCCACCGAAGAGUUCUCGUACUUCACCGUGCGGCGGAAGGAGGCUCCUACCGAACCGGCGACUUCGCUCUUUGGCAUCUCCUGUUCUAGACAGAUCGAUUCGAACCUUCUCCUAUAUAGGCCCCCGGAUGUUACGAGAUCGACGGUUCAAAAAGCGGUGGUUGUGGUGACGGAUAACCCUCGAAGCCUGGGACAACUGAGGGAGAAACUGUCUGUUGUGACUUCGGCUUGGUUUGCGCAGCGUGAUUUUUCGGAUAUCGAUAUUCUAAAGAAAUUCAGAGAAGGUCUCGUGAUCAGUCUGAGGAAGGAUGAGGGGUCAAAAGACCAAAAUCUAGGUCUUUCCCUGCGGGAGAUGAUUCAUGAAUUCAAAUAUCAAACUUUGGUUCUUUUCAAGGCUCUGCUUCUACAGCCGAAGAUGCUCUUCUUCGGCUCCCGAUGCGAGCGGCUGUGCAUGAUUCAGUUCUCUCUCGUUUCUCUAAUUCCUGGGCUCUUGAAUAAGCUACAGGACUGUGCCGAUCCAGCGUUUGACACCUAUGCACAGACUGUUGAACAGCCAACGUCCCUCAAGACGAGCGAUAGGAAUUCAUUAUUGGCAUAUAUGGGCCUACCUCUGCAGAUUUUCGGCAAGGGGAGCAUGUUCGGGCCCUACACGCCAUUGCAGCAGCUGGAUCUGCUAGCGGAUUAUGGAACAAAGUCGUAUGUCGUCGGCUCGACAAAUUCAUUACUGUUACAGCAAAAAGAUCGCUAUAGCGACAUACUAGUUAAUCUUGACGAAGAUACCAUUAAUAUCUCAUCCCCCACCCUCCGGAAUGCCUUGGCACUUUCUGUCGCAGACCGGCGCUGGAUCGACCUUCUCACCCAAAUCAUCAACGACACAUGGGAUGAGGCCCAUCCAGAGCAGCCUAAGACCCACGGAUACAUGGGGUCGGAGGAAUUCAUCAGACUGCAAUUCGAAGAAUACCUUUUGGCGCUCCUCGCUUGCAUGCAGUAUCACGAAGAGCUCAACUCCUUGAAUGCCGACGAGUUAGGUCGGAGGAGCCGUGCUCAUCUAGAAGCAUUCAAUAUCGAGGGAGACCCGGCUUUGGAAUUUAAUUCCGAAUUCUUGGCACAGUGGAGGAAUACGCCGAAUUAUUCGCUGUUCAAGCGUCUGACCUCUGAUGCGCUUCUUUUUUCGAUCGUUGAGCCUCGCCAUCCAUGCGCAGGAGGGCUCACCAUUGAUGACGUCCAACGACGUUUGUCUCAACAAGUCGCGGAGCUUCACUUAGACGAAAGGGUUCGCGAAAGCCGCGAGGCUCUGAGCAGGCACAUUUCCACAGGACAGAAGAAAGUGAGCGCGGCAUUCAACAGCUUCUGGGCGGACAUUGAAUCCAUGAGGGAGGCCCAACGCAAAAAGAAUGAAGAAAAAGCCUCCCAGUCGCAACGUUCAUCCUUGGAUAAAGGCUCGCGAAAUUCUCCUCCAUUUUCACCUUCCGAUACCGCAUCGGUACACUCCACCAGCGGUGCUUCCUGGUUCUCUGCGCGUAAAGCUCCUGCUGUCGACCUUACCCAAGCACAGGCAUCCGUCAGUGCAGCAAGCCAGAAGGCAGGUGCUUAUCUCAGCUCCUGGGGUUCUUGGGCCAGUGAGAAGCGGAAGGAAUGGCAAGAGAAGAAGAACACGCCGGCAUCACCAACUUCCGUCAAUUCGCCAUCUGCUCCGGCUCUAAAUAGCAUCACAGAAGCCAGCGAGGCGGACAGAGGAAGGCGGCGGUCCAUGCAGUCUCGUCGCAGUGAAGACUCCACUAUCUCUCGCAGUGGAAGCAGAAGAAAGCGGUGGAGCAAUAUCCUCCUGCGGCGGGAGAGCGGGGAGUUCAGCUCCGCCUACCGAAAGGACGACGAGAGCAGCAACAAUGGCGAACAAGACACGUAUUCGAGAUCACCCUUGUCUCGCACAGCUUCGUCGGUGCACGAUGACGAGGUCCCGGCGAUAGAAUCAACCCAACUGCCUAUUGAGCCCACAACUCACUCCGCACCAGAAAUUAACGAGUCAACACCCACCACUGCAGCGGAAGGUACGAACAAGUCGCCAUCUUCCGAUGAACCCGAAACCUCUAAAUCAAAGUCACCGGAAGACCAAGCGGAGGCUCCUACUACACUUUUGCAACCAUCUCCUGACAUUAAGGAAGUGUCUCCGGAACAAAUCGAGCCACAUGCCGAGAAAUAAGACAUUCAAUUCGUCGAUGUGCUCCCGUGCUUGUGUCUACUCGAUUUUGAUAACACGGGAGCAAACCUCCACCUCCCUCUCUCUCUCCCCCUUGUUCUAAUCCUGUAUGUACGCCUUCCGCUUUAUGUCACGACAGGCUUCUUUCUCUUGGGAACCCACCCUCUCACCCGCUCUUGUCUAUUAUCAUCGAGAGCUCCUGAUACCCGAAGAGGACACAAAUAAUGCCUGUAUAUAUGACAUGCCAUCUAUCACACUGUCGUGUAUGCUCUCUCCCCAUCAUGUGAACUGAUACAUAGUAAUAGCAUAGGAGCUAGAUAACGCUCAUAGUGUUUUGAUACCAAAUCAUACAUAAUAUCAUUGUCGCAUUACACACUCAGAGGUUACUCCUUGGUAGUACGGUCUAUAUAAUGAAUGGCAGUCUUUAAC